CUUUUUCCCUUGCUGGCCUUAUACGCCGAACCAUCAUCCCUUGUUGAUUCCUGCGGCGUUGUCUGUGCUUUGACGUUGACAUUUAUCCGCUGCGAUAAUACUCUUCAGCCUUGAUUUGGUGUUGAGUGAGCCUCCAUUCAUUGAUCCACCAUCUGCGCUGCAGCCUGCACAUCAUCCUCGCAUUCCCGGGCACAAGCGAGACGUUGAACCUCAUUUCAACUCAGGGACGACAAAGAAACUUCAAAACGUGCUUUGGACGGACGCUCCCGUCUCGGAGCUGCACUAAUCUCCCUUGCAGUCGAGAUCUCAACCACUUGACAUGAGCUUGUCUUCCAUUUCCUGAGAGGGACCAAAAAUUGUCUUAGACAACUCCGCAAUCGCAUGGCUGAUGGUCUCCAUCAAAACUCAUUCCUCACAACUCACAAACGCUAGCAAUUACACUUUCGGUUCCUGAGUUUAGACAAAGUCAACCAAAUCCUUGGGAUCAGUUCAACGUUGGAGUAAACGAUUUCCAUUUCCGUCGACGCCAUGGCAGCUGUCAUGAGGAGAAGGACCAGAAUUGUGUGUAUCUCAGAUACCCACAAUUGCCAGGUCAAGCUCCCGAAGGGUGAUGUUCUCAUUCACGCUGGAGAUUUGACCAACCAAGGGAGUCACGCAGAGCUUGCCAAGACAGUCGCUUGGUUAGAGAAGCAGGACUUUGAGGCCAAAAUCGUCAUCGCUGGAAAUCAUGACCUCACUCUAGACCCAAAGUUUUACGCUGAGCAUGGCCUGUACUUCCACAACAAGAAACCCCAGUCUCAUGACGAGUGUCUACGACUGUUCACGUCUUCGCCUUCGAUAACGUACCUCUCUCACGAAUCAGCUACCAUCCGCCUCAGAUCUCAUUCAGGGCCGCGUACGCAAUUCAAGGUCUUUGGAUCGCCUUACUCUCCACGUUUCGGAUUGUGGGCGUUUUACUAUGAUGCUCCUCAAAAUCCCAGCAACUGGUCAGAUCUGACGUCGAUUUGGGAGUCUAUACCACUCGACGCGGACAUUGUGGUGACGCACACGCCUCCAAGGACGCAUUGCGAUGAGACGGAUGAGCGUCGCGCUACUGGCUGUGAGGCUCUUCGACAGGCGCUUUGGCGAGUGAGACCGCAGCUUGCUGUCUGUGGCCAUAUUCAUGACGGAAGAGGUGCUAAGAGAGUGAUGUGGGAUCUCAGUUGUCGGAAUGUCGCCUAUCAAGAAGAGAGUGUCGUACGCUGGCAAGACCCUGGCGAAGGCAAUAACAAAACCUGCCUCAUAGAUCUGACUGGGAAGAAGGCCCCAUCUCUUGCUAAUGAUGGCUCCCAUCCAGGUCGAUAUGGAUCAAGUACAAGAGAGCCUGACGUAACGGACGUCCCUCGUUUCAUUGACUCAGCAGAGAGCUCUCUAUACACCUUCGGAUCUGGCCCUGCUGAUAUACACGCCUCUCAUGGCACUACCGGAUUAGGAGGGGAUCCCGCCUCACCACGGAGCGACCAGACAGCUCUCGCUGGCAGGAUGGGUCGUCGAGAGACGUGUGUGGUGAACGCAGCGAUUAUGAAGAGUCGAUAUCCCCACACAGGAGGAAAACAGUUCAAUAAGCCCAUCGUAGUAGAGCUUGAUCUCCCCAUCUGGGAGGACGAGGGCCAUAUCGAAGCCCCGUGAUUCGCUCUUGGCUUACCCUAGACUCAGGCUCGUGUUGGUGCCCAACGAACCACGUUGGGAAAAGAGAGAUGGCCUCAAACGAAGACGAAGCGAGAGCUUUCUUGAUAAGUUUACAGAUGGUUGUGGGCUACUGAUAUGUUUGCUACGCUGUGACGCACCAUCUGCAUCAUGCUGGAUCGGGAUGCAAUUGAUCGAUGUGGUGGUAUUCGUCGUGAACCAACAUUGGGUAGCUUGGAGUCGUAGUCGGAUCCAACGGAUGAACUGUAAUGCAUCUGUAGUACAUGAACGUGGUCCCAAUGGUUGUUCGAGGGGUAGAGGAGCGAGAGCUAAUUGAACCUUCAAUUGAAUUGAAACCUUGUUCUCAUCAAUGUAUUACAAUGUCGCGUCACGUCUUUGGCAUGUAGUGACUCGUCUUUAGAUGGCUACCCUAGACCUGGGCUGAAGCUCACGAUCAACUCUCAGACUUCAAGGAACAAGUCCUCAAGAUCAGGGGAUGAUCAGUCGCACGAGCCAGUCACAUCCGUUUCCCACCAAUGCUAUAGCCGGCAUCUGCUCGAUCUUACGGUGAAGCCAUUCCCCUCCCGUUGAGACGCCAAGGAGACAAAGAAAUCUUAUCCCUUGCGACAUGAAACAGGACCAAUCUGAUGAUAAUCCUCCACGUGCCUAUAGCAUUAACAUCAACCAAAACCUCUCCAUGCUCAUUCAUGGUCGUCCGAGUUACAGAAUCAAAAGAGAGAUCCAACCCAAACAAACAAACCAAUCAAGCCUGACGCUGCGGGGAGCCAACAGGGCUCCGCCAAGAGGGGCGCCAUAUCCUCACAUUUCAUUCCUGCUCACCGCCAGUCUUUGUCGUGAUACCCUCAGCCCAAUAGCGUGGCUUAGGUGCCCCGUGUUUUUUCUAUCUUGGGAGCGGCGAAGCCAAGCAUUCUUGUCUCUUUUGAGCCUGAGCUUGAUGAAUUUACACGAGCUAGAUCAGGUACGGUAGUUCAACCCCGCGUUUACCGCUCGGGAAGAAGCAAAAGAAUUUAAAACAUGGCAGACGAUGAUCUUUCCAGGUACAGGCCCUUGAGGCAUUUGACCGACGCGGGUGCAGGCGGGAUGUUCCCUGGAGUUUGGGAGGUCAUUAACUAGACGCGUGCGAGGGGUCAUGACAUCGCCAAUCGCGGGAUCGUCAAAGGGUACCGGUAUCGAUCGAGCUGUAGAGUUGGUGCCAGAUGGAUCAAGUUUACAAUAGCUAUAGAACAUUCUUGGGCUCACAUGGUGGAUAUCGUCAAUGGUCCAGCUUUGUCUCUUCAAAACUUGGAAACCUGAUCUUGACAGUACAAAAAAAGCCGGAUCCAAGAAUUUGACGUCUGGUAAAGAG